AUGUCCCAGAACGGUUCGGAGUUGAAGCCGCUGCCGGUGCCAUCGCUGGAGAAAGUUCCAGCGGAGUACGACGAUGAGCAGGAGGAGCCGUCGGGACCGGCUAAUCUGGAGAAAACACUGGCGAGCAUCCGCGAAGACCCACAGGUGAGGGAGCAGAACUUGAGGCAGAUGCGCGACUGGAUUGCCAAGCAUCCGCACAUCCGGCGGUGUCGCACCGACGCCCGGUUCCUGUUGCGGUUUCUGCGUGCCAGGAAGCACUCCUUCCUGCUGGCAUCGCAGAACCUCGAACGCUACCUGGCGGCCCGGACCAUCCAUCCAAGCUGGUUCCACAAGCUGGACAUCCACGACGCCGAACUGAGCCAUCUGGCCGAGAUCGGAUUCAUUUAUCCUCUGCUGGAGCGUACGGCCGAAGGGUGCAUGGUGGUGCUCACCGACUGGGGGCUGCUGGACCCAAAGGUCUACACGAUCGACCACAGCAACCGGAUGCACAUACUGGUCUCGGAAGCGUAUGGCGAAGACUCGCUGGUCCAGUGUACCGGCGCGAUAGUGAUCUUCGAUUUGCAGCACAUCACCCUGGCCCACCACAGCGUCUUGUCGCUGAGCGCGUUGCAUCAGGUGGCCAAGUACGUCAACCACGGGCUGCCGGCGCGCUGUAAGGGCUUGUACGCCGUCAACGUGCCAUCGGCCGCCAUGUGGAUCGUGAACGGGUUGAUGGGAUUUUUGAACGAAAAACUCAGAGAACGCGUAGCGCUGUUCCGCGACUACGACGAGCUGGCAGAAAAGAUUGACCGUCGCCUGCUGCCGAAGGAGUACGGUGGGAAGACACCGAAAGCGGAGCACAUGAAGGCGUUCCGCGAUCAGUGUGAGCUGUACCGGGAUCGGUUGCUGUCCCUGGACGAGAUGGACAUCGAUCUGGACCACAACGAGUCGUACUCGAGACAAGCCAUGCUCGACGACAUCGAAGGUGGCGCAUUGGGAAGCUUCCGGAAGCUAGAACUAGAUUGA